CUAGCGGGGCGCGGGCCGGGGAGGGGGAGCUGCCCGCGCGCUCCAUCCCCCUCCCCCCCGGGCGGGCCGGCGGCCGGGGGGAGGGCGGGCGGCGGCGGCUCGCUGUAUAUAUCUCGGCGCACCCCGCCAGGUCGCGCACAGCGCCCCGAGCCCAGGCGCCUCCCCGCCCCCCUCCCGCGCUCCGCGGCGGCAGCGGCGGCAGCAGUAGCAGCAAUAUGGCUGUUGAUGGGUGUUCGGGGUGGCGCUGGCGGCGGGAGGAGCUCCCCCGAGCCCCUGCGCCGGCUGCCCGUUGCUAGCUAUGGCAAAUGGUGGCGGCGGCGGCGGCGGCAACAGCGGCGGCGGCGGCGGCGGCGGAGGCAGCAGUCUUAGAAUGAGUAGCAAUAUCCACGCGAACCAUCUCAGCCUAGACGCGUCCUCCUCCUCCUCUUCCUCUUCUUCUUCCUCCUCCUCUUCCUCCUCGUCCUCGGUCCACGAGCCCAAGAUGGAUGCGCUCAUCAUCCCGGUGACCAUGGAGGUGCCGUGCGACAGCCGGGGCCAACGCAUGUGGUGGGCUUUCCUAGCCUCCUCCAUGGUGACUUUCUUCGGGGGCCUUUUCAUCAUCUUGCUCUGGCGGACGCUCAAGUACCUGUGGACCGUGUGCUGCCACUGCGGGGGCAAGACGAAGGAAGCCCAGAAGAUUAACAAUGGCUCAAGCCAGGCGGAUGGCACUCUCAAACCAGUGGAUGAAAAAGAGGAGGCAGUGGCCGCCGAGGUCGGCUGGAUGACCUCUGUGAAGGACUGGGCGGGGGUGAUGAUAUCCGCCCAGACACUGACUGGCAGAGUCCUGGUUGUCUUAGUCUUUGCUCUCAGCAUCGGUGCACUUGUAAUAUACUUCAUAGAUUCGUCAAAGAGCCGCACUGCAGACUCUUUGAUCCCAAUAGAAUCCUGCCAGAAUUUCUACAAAGAUUUCACAUUACAGAUCGACAUGGCUUUCAACGUGUUCUUCCUUCUCUACUUUGGUUUGCGGUUUAUUGCAGCCAAUGAUAAGCUGUGGUUCUGGCUGGAAGUGAAUUCUGUAGUGGAUUUCUUCACAGUGCCCCCCGUGUUUGUGUCUGUGUACUUAAACAGAAGUUGGCUUGGUUUGAGAUUUUUAAGAGCUCUGAGACUGAUACAGUUUUCAGAAAUUUUGCAGUUUCUGAAUAUUCUUAAAACAAGUAAUUCCAUCAAGCUGGUGAAUCUGCUCUCCAUAUUUAUCAGCACAUGGCUGACUGCAGCUGGAUUCAUCCAUUUGGUGGAGAAUUCAGGGGACCCAUGGGAAAAUUUCCAAAACAACCAGGCUCUCACCUACUGGGAAUGUGUCUAUUUACUCAUGGUUACAAUGUCCACCGUUGGCUAUGGGGAUGUUUAUGCAAAAACCACGCUUGGCCGCCUCUUCAUGGUCUUCUUCAUCCUCGGGGGACUGGCCAUGUUUGCCAGCUACGUCCCUGAAAUCAUAGAGUUAAUAGGAAACCGCAAGAAAUACGGGGGCUCCUAUAGUGCGGUUAGUGGAAGAAAGCACAUUGUGGUUUGCGGACACAUCACUCUGGAGAGUGUUUCCAACUUCCUGAAGGACUUUCUGCACAAGGACCGGGACGAUGUCAAUGUGGAGAUCGUUUUUCUUCACAACAUCUCCCCCAACCUGGAGCUUGAAGCUCUGUUCAAACGACAUUUUACUCAGGUGGAAUUUUAUCAGGGUUCGGUCCUCAAUCCACAUGACCUUGCAAGAGUCAAGAUAGAGUCAGCAGAUGCGUGCCUGAUCCUUGCCAACAAAUACUGCGCUGACCCGGAUGCGGAGGACGCCUCGAACAUCAUGAGAGUAAUCUCCAUAAAGAACUACCAUCCGAAGAUAAGAAUCAUCACUCAAAUGCUGCAGUAUCACAACAAGGCCCAUCUGCUAAACAUCCCGAGCUGGAAUUGGAAGGAAGGUGAUGAUGCAAUCUGCCUCGCAGAGCUGAAGUUGGGCUUCAUAGCCCAGAGCUGCCUGGCUCAAGGCCUCUCCACCAUGCUUGCCAACCUCUUCUCUAUGAGGUCAUUCAUAAAGAUUGAGGAAGACACGUGGCAGAAAUACUACUUGGAAGGAGUCUCAAAUGAAAUGUACACAGAAUAUCUCUCCAGUGCCUUCGUGGGUCUGUCCUUCCCUACUGUUUGUGAGCUGUGUUUUGUGAAGCUCAAGCUCCUAAUGAUAGCCAUUGAAUACAAGUCUGCCAACCGAGAGAGCCGAAGCCGAAAGCGUAUAUUAAUUAAUCCUGGAAAUCAUCUUAAGAUCCAAGAAGGUACUUUAGGAUUUUUCAUCGCAAGUGAUGCCAAAGAAGUUAAAAGGGCAUUUUUUUACUGCAAGGCCUGUCAUGAUGACAUCACAGAUCCCAAAAGAAUAAAAAAAUGUGGCUGCAAACGGCCCAAGAUGUCCAUCUACAAGAGAAUGAGACGGGCAUGUUGUUUUGAUUGCGGACGUUCUGAGCGUGACUGCUCGUGCAUGUCAGGCCGUGUGCGUGGUAACGUGGACACCCUUGAGAGAGCCUUCCCACUUUCUUCUGUCUCUGUUAAUGAUUGCUCCACCAGUUUCCGUGCCUUUGAAGAUGAACAGCCGUCAACACUAUCACCAAAAAAAAAGCAACGGAACGGAGGUAUGCGGAACUCACCCAACACCUCGCCUAAGCUGAUGAGGCAUGACCCCUUGUUAAUUCCUGGCAAUGAUCAGAUUGACAACAUGGACUCCAAUGUGAAGAAGUACGACUCUACUGGGAUGUUUCACUGGUGUGCGCCCAAGGAUAUAGAGAAAGUCAUCCUGACUCGAAGUGAGGCCGCCAUGACCGUCCUGAGUGGCCAUGUCGUGGUCUGUAUCUUUGGUGAUGUCAGCUCAGCCCUAAUCGGCCUCCGGAACCUGGUGAUGCCGCUUCGUGCCAGCAACUUUCAUUACCACGAGCUCAAGCACAUUGUGUUUGUGGGCUCUAUUGAGUACCUCAAGCGGGAAUGGGAGACGCUUCAUAACUUCCCCAAAGUGUCCAUAUUGCCUGGUACGCCAUUAAGUCGGGCUGAUUUAAGGGCUGUCAACAUCAACCUCUGUGACAUGUGCGUUAUCCUGUCAGCCAAUCAGAAUAAUAUUGAUGAUACUUCGCUGCAGGACAAGGAAUGCAUCUUGGCGUCGCUCAACAUCAAAUCUAUGCAGUUUGAUGACAGCAUCGGGGUCUUGCAGGCUAAUUCCCAAGGGUUCACACCUCCAGGAAUGGAUAGAUCCUCUCCAGAUAACAGCCCAGUACACGGGAUGUUACGUCAACCGUCCAUCACAACUGGGGUCAACAUCCCCAUCAUCACUGAACUAGCUAAACCGGGCAAGUUGCCUUUGGUUUCAGUCAAUCAGGAAAAAAACAGUGGGACGCACAUUCUAAUGAUAACUGAACUGGUGAAUGAUACUAAUGUUCAGUUUUUGGACCAAGACGAUGAUGAUGACCCUGACACAGAACUGUACCUCACACAGCCCUUUGCCUGUGGGACAGCGUUUGCCGUCAGUGUCCUGGACUCGCUCAUGAGCGCGACAUACUUCAAUGACAAUAUCCUCACCCUGAUACGGACCCUGGUGACCGGAGGAGCCACGCCGGAGCUAGAGGCUCUGAUUGCUGAGGAGAAUGCCCUUCGAGGUGGCUACAGCACCCCGCAGACACUGGCCAAUAGGGACCGCUGCCGUGUGGCCCAGUUAGCUCUGCUUGAUGGGCCAUUUGCGGAUUUAGGGGAUGGUGGUUGUUAUGGUGAUCUGUUCUGCAAAGCUCUGAAAACAUAUAAUAUGCUUUGUUUUGGAAUUUACCGGCUGAGAGAUGCCCACCUCAGCACCCCCAGUCAGUGCACAAAGAGGUAUGUCAUCACCAACCCCCCCUACGAGUUUGAGCUCGUGCCGACGGACCUGAUCUUCUGCUUAAUGCAGUUUGACCACAACGCCGGCCAGUCCCGGGCCAGCCUGUCCCAUUCCUCCCACUCCUCGCAGUCCUCCAGCAAGAAGAGCUCCUCUGUUCACUCCAUCCCGUCCACAGCAAACCGACAGAACCGGCCCAAGUCCAGGGAGUCCCGGGACAAACAGAAUGCAACAAGGAUGAAUAGAAUGGGCCAAGGUGCGCAGUCUUCACUAAUGUGUCCAUCCAGGACCACUGACAAGGCAAUUACCAAUUGUUCUGCAGAAAAGAAAUGGUUUACAGAUGAACCGGAUAAUGCCUAUCCCAGAAACAUUCAAAUCAAGCCCAUGAGUACCCACAUGGCUAACCAGAUCAACCAAUAUAAAUCCACAAGCAGCUUGAUUCCACCAAUCAGAGAAGUUGAAGAUGAAUGUUGACUCCCAGGAGACCAGAACUAUUUUUUUAAAGCCUGACAAACUUCAUAAAUGGUGAUGUGACUUUUAUUCUUACAUGCUGAAUCACUGGUGGAAACGUUAGGAUAAGCAAGAAUUGCCAGAAAAUAAAGUAGACAGAUCUUUCUCUUUGUCUGCCUUGAAUAUUGCUUCCAUGUAUUUUGGAAAAGAAAAUGAUUUCAUUUAUAAAUGAACAUACUAAAAUAGUCAUGUAUAGCCUCUAGCAUUUUAAAUUAUUUUUAUUUAUUAGAAAGAAAAUAUAUUUUUCCUUUCUUUUCAUUGUCAAAUAUCUUCCCUAUAUCUAAACAAUGCAAAAUCUGAAUGAGUAAGUGGCCAGACUCCUUAAUGCGUUUUUCUCUUCUUUCUCCCUUUUUCUUUGAGGAGAAUGAUGGUCAUCACCACAAUUAAUUGUAAUGAAAGGAAAUGAAUUAUUAAGACAAUUUUAAAAUGGCCAAUGAUGUAUACAUGUAUUUUAGUAAAUCAAAAAAGGAAGCCUAAGGGGUCAGGUGAAUACCUGCUCCUCGCCUGGAUGGGUGUGUAUUUUGAUCUGCAUUUACACCAGCUCUUGAUAAAUGGAAACUUACUUAUUUUCACAGUUGAAAGUCAUAUUUUUGUAGUUUUAGUUCUCAUUCUGUAGUUCUCACCCCUUUGUUCAUAGUUUUAAAGGGAAGUCCUUCUUGCUGCUUUUCUACAAUUGGCAGAUGAGGUUUGUCUGGCCAACUAAGGACACCAGGAGGGUUGUGGGCACACCUGGGAUGUGGAAGCUGAGGACCAGAUGCAUACAAGGCAUAGCUCUGUUUUCUGUUCUAGUGGUGGGGACUCUACAUGCUGUUAUGCUUCUCAUUUCAUAUUUCCAAACCACCUGAGUGAGUAAUGUCAACUUCAGGAGGGUCUGGUGGACUUUCUCCCCACUCCCCAUGUCUCAGAGCUUUUAGCCUGGAUGUUUAUAAAACUGAUCCAUAGUUUUACUUUACCAUAGGAUAUAAGAGGGCAUUCAUUCUUCUCACUGAGUUUUUGUUUAAAAGCCAGGACAUUUCUAUACUCAUGGAGACAGAUUUUGAUUUACAUGCUCUCCUUUAUUUAGUUGCUGGGGCCAAACACAUGAACUUGUUACAACAAUUUAAAAAACAAUAACAAAAGGAAAGCAAUGAAUGCACUUCAUAUAGACUGUUAGAAAAGGCCUUUGAAAAUUACCAGCAGUGAAAUCAAAUAUAUCAGCCACUUUAAACUGGGGUCAAAAGAUUUUUCUAGCCAUCCGAUGCAAUUACUGUGUCUCAGAGCUCUGCUGUCACUUGCAUGCUCGGUGUACAGUUUCCCGGCAACUGUUUUGUUCCAAUCAACUUAGCAAGUCUUUCAACUUUAAAAUUCUCAGUCUUUGAUAUGAUCAUCAAGGUCUCUGGAGAAGCAUGGAUGUGAUAGUGAUUUCUAUUUUCUUCAAAAAUGUAAACUGUGGACGCUUAAAGGAUCCAAGCUAGCCAAAGUAUCCCCCAAAAGUUUCAUAUCUAGUCCAUUAACUCUUUGGGCCAUGACCUGUGGUACCUAGUUAAGUUAGUGCAAAUCAGAUCAGAGCAAAGUAAUGAGAUCACCAUGAACACAUACGUCCACUAAGUACUCCAAUUACCAACGUAGGCAAAAUGAGCUUCCACCUCUGUCCACUCCCUGCAGAGCCAAUAUAGUCGUGCUUCCACCUCGUAGGCAUUGUCCUGCAGUGACUUGUCGGACUGUGGUUACUCUGUCGUCACAUUUUGUAGAAUUAGUUCUAUAAAAGUAUUGUGAAUAUAAUGUAUGUCCAAUUGGAUUGUUUAAAAACUACUUAUAAUUAAUCACUAGCCUACUCAGCAGACUAAAAUGACGUCAACAGUCUAUAUUCGGGCUUAUAAACAUUUCUUGGUUUCCAACAGAAGUCAAAUGUGUUUGUGGGGAGAACCUCUUGCUAGGAUUUUGACAACUUUCCUGAAAGCUAGGCCUUCUUUUACAUAAUGAUUUUGCAUUGGGGUCACCUUAGUAUAUUCACGUCAAUCCACGCUCUUCUUUCCUUCAUGAACCACAAUGGGCUCUUCAGUCCUGUUACUAAUAACCACCUUCGGAUUUGUCUGAGCGAUUUGGUAUCCUCUGGCAGGCUGUGGUGGCCACAUAAGGAAUCUUCCAUUAGAGGGACACAAGACACAAAGCCCCCUUCCCAGUAUCCUCUCUUCCCUGUGUCUCCCCUACCAAAGCAGUCUGGAAGCAGAAAUGUAAACUUCAACCCCGUCACACAUCCACUGAUGCAUUUGUGGCUAGAGAUUUGAAUUUAAACUUUUAAAAAAAAAACAUAAUAGGGAGGAUUGUUUCCUACAGUAACGAGCUCCUUGAUUCAUAAGCACCCCCCCGAAAAAUUGGUAGAAAUUCAUUUUCUUUUAAGUAGAGCAAUAAGUUCAUACUGUGUUGCCUUUGUAAUAAUAAAUUGUUCUGGACUAGAAAGCAAAAUGAGGCAUUUUGUUAAGGAAAAUGACUGGUUGGUGGGCCCUUUGGCAAAAGCUGAUGCCUGGUAAGUAGAAAUCGAAAUGGAAACAUAAAUAAGAUUUGUGAAAUCACUGGAGGGCUCAAGCACAUGCCAGAGCCUCUUCUGACUUGUUCCUACCCUUUGAGCACUUUGGCCCUGAGUCCCCUCCAUCUCCACUGUGACAGUCUGUCUUUCGGCCUCCAUCUAUAUGAGACCAAAGAGGGUCUUCCUUGGCACAGUCCAUAUUAUGAGGCUCUGAUUUCCCAUUCCAGUUUAGGGCUCCAGAAAAGCCAUUUUCCCAAACUAAUGAUUCUUGGGUGCUGUGGGAAUCAAAGACUCACCAACAGGGUGUUUAAAAAGCAGAAAAUGUCAUCACCAUCAUCACCUUUCUCCUUGAGAAAACUUACAUUUUUGUCUAAGCAAAUUUAUAUUUUAGAAUAGCAUCUUGAGCCAUUAAAAAAACACCUUAAAUAAAAGUGACUGUGACUAAGGCACAUUGGAGAACAUUCCAAAAUUCUUUCCUCCCAAUUGUUCUGGCACCUUAUUAUGUACUUUGUAAAAAAAUUAAUUGAAGACUUUAAAUAGGAAAUUAGAAGCGUUUGUUAGGGUUGGAUAAAGGAAAAGUGAGAAAGCAUAAGAAAUUUGGGAUAUUUUCAUGUUGAAAGGAGAAGAGGCACAAGUUCCCUAAUUACCAUUUAAUAUGACGGUGCAAGAGCCACAUUUACAAACAACUAUGAACUUUGAAAAUGUUUUUAAAACCCUCUGAGUCUUGGUGACUUUAUUUGUAAGUGAGAGUGACGCAUUCAGAUGACUCUAAAGUCCCUUUCAAGUCCCAGGGUACAUGAUCUAAGUUGGGAGUGGGAAUAUGGGAGUGGCUACCUCUCCUUGGCGAAGGCCUUGGCGACUAUUGUAUCCAGGGCUGGAAUAAUGGUUCUUUUUGCUGCAUCACCCAGCAAAACUCCUGGCCUUAUUCAGGAGUAGUGAGCAUUCAUUUUCUGCUCUGGACACAGAAUAGUUAGGUUCAUUCCUGUGCUUUCCACAUUAGAGUCCCUUUAGGUUCAAGAUGCAAAUUUCUCAAUUCAGACACACCUGAAUCACGUUGGUCAAAUUUUACUGUUUCUAGGAUUUUCUUCUCAAUUUCAACACCGCCUUCACUUUUUUUUUUUUUUUGGUUCAAGGCCCAGCUUCAGUUAAUUCCUUCAUAUCUAUUUCAUGUCUCCAAUUCCUAGUAUGUAAUUAGGGGUUUCAAGAGACCCCAAAUUCCUGCCAUUUUCCCCAUGUGCAACUGGUCUUCAGGAUGUAACCAGUCUUACUUCCCACGUCAUUUCCUGUUCUCUGUUUAUUUGGUUGUUUUCUUUCAUUAAUAAAUUAACCAUCUCUUAACUACUUACAUACAUAAAUAUAAUUUUAAUCUAUUGAAUUUUAUUGUCAAAGAGAACCUCACUGAAGGAAGGAAGGGGAAAAUUGAGGAAUAAAGGUCAGAAAGGUGAGAAACAAAGACUAUCCAACCAAUUGACUGAGUUGUGAUCACCUUGACUCCUAGGAGACUAAGUAGAUGCAUUCAGCUUAAGCACUGAGUUCCAGGGCAGAAUCUGCCCAUUUUCUGUUUUGUUCUUACUUGUUGCUUUUGGAACGGUGGUAAAGCCACCAGUCAACGUGACCCUUGAAAGGACCUUCACUAAUUAGGACUUGAUUCAUCCUCUUUAAAAAGCAAAAGAAACAGAAUUUAUUUAAAAUCUUCUCAUAAAUUACCUUUCUGCUACUCUCCUUAUUCCCAAAAGGCUUUUUUUUUUGGAGUAUUCAGUGCGGAUGAUUUAGCAGAUAAAUCCCAUAAUCAAUUGAGGAGGUGAUGAUGCUAUUUGGAUUUAUUUAUGAGAGAGUAGUAAUUAGGAUGAUUCCUAGCAGUUUGUCCUAGUUUGAUCAUAUUGGUUAAGUGGAGUCUCUUCUGAUUGGUUGUUUCCACAAAGUAUCUAUUGUGAAUAAUUUCAAGAUUUCCAUUAAAAUAGAGCAACUUGGAAAAUACUUUAAAUUUUAUUUCUUAAGGGACCACAGAGCCUAAUUUUCCAUUUUUAUGUUAAGGUUCCUUAAAACACAAAUAAAAAAGAAUCCUAUGUGCCCAAAGGCAGAGGCACCUGUAGCCCUACAACAGGUGGAAGCUCCUUGAUAUCACAGCCUCCACAUAGAUAGGCUGGAGAAAGAAUUCUGACUUAGACCACCUGUAGCAGAUCUUCCUCUUUUGCCAUAUAUUUUUUUAUCAUAAUAAGGACCUGAGACUCCUUAUCUGAAGAUAAGCCAAACUCGUGGUAUGGAUUAAGAAUCUGGGAAAAAAGAAAAAAAGAAAAAAGAUGGAAUAAGCAGUAUUUUAAAGUACCAUGAGUUAUGGGCGUGCAUAUGGUAGAAAGAGUAGUUCUUUGUGUUGAAAGAAAGAAGAGGUUGCAUUGAACUGCAUGGGCUGCAAGAAGGCAGAGGCAUUUAAUGUUGGAUGGGCUUUGGAAGCAUUUCAAUAGUAAAUGGGUGACAGGUCUGGAAAGAUGUGGAAUAUGAGGGUUUUCCAGGGAGACAGGACUUAAUGGGCCAUGAUGUAUUUGUAGAAAUGUGAUUUCAAUAGUUUGACUCUUUUGUCUACUGUGAUAAGUUUGCGUAGGGGAACUGAGGAAAACUGAGAUGAGAUUUCCUAGAAGGGCUACAGAGUACAGUCUAAGGGUUAAGAUAAAAGUUUGAAACUUGAUUUCGAAAGUCAUGGAAAGCCAGUCAGAAUUUUAAGCAAAGAGUGAUGGGGCAGCAAUGGCUGUGCAUUUUUCAGGUUGAAGGUAGUGAGAUGUCAGUUCUUCCUGGAUGAUAUCAUGAGAAUGCACACAAAACUGAACAUUUUCCUAGCAGCGUGGAGUGCUAAAGGGUGCACACUCCAAGUCAACAACUCACCACGGGCAGCAUCUCCCCUCCUCACACAUUUUGCUUUGCUUUCUGUCACAUGAUCAUCAAAAACAACGUCCUGACUCUACUGAAUUACUAAAAUGUCAGCAAUAAACUCACAAAGUAGAUUAGAGGGUGGGAAUAGAUGUGUAAAUUUUUAAAACCUGCCAAUCGUACUAUUUUCGAGACAGUUAUAUAGUAAGAACACGCGACAGGACAUCCACAAGUUGUAGAGAAUAAUUAAUAGUUCAGAACUGCCAAAUAGGAAUUCCCAUUAUGAAAACAUCCUUGUAGCUAAUCAGGUAGCCCUUGCUUAGAAACCAGUUAGCACUCAUUAAAUAUUUGUAAAAGGAGCAGGUCGGGGAGAAAUGAGCACAAUCUAGGUCCUGACAUAUCAGUUUAUAAUACAACUAAAGAAAGAAAAUAUGCCCAAAGCACCAGUAGAGAAAGGGUAAACACUAACAACAUAGUUUCGUCAUUCAAUAUGGCAGGAGUUGAAACAAGGGAGAAAUGCUGUAGUUUCAAGUGAUUCAGCAAGGUAGGAUUUCUAGAGAAAGGGGGUUUUAGGAGUUGGAUAAGUAGAGGGUCAGUAUUCUAGGUAUGAAGGCAGGAUUAUCUGGCAUGAGGCAGGGUGGGUGAUGUUAGUCAGUAACUGCUAAUGGGUAUUUACUGAGUAGCCGCUGUGUGCUCAUGACUGUAAGACCUUUAGAGGAAGAGGCCUGCCUGCCUAGAUGGGAACGCAAGCCACACAUAUUUGGAAAGAUUAUGUUGUACAAAACAGGUGUUCAAUAAAGAAUUUUUGAAUACAUGUGAACACUGAAUAGCAAAUAAACAUUACGGAUUGUAAUAGUUGUAGAAAAUUAUUUGGGAUUGUAGGGGCUGGGUGUGGGGCAAUGGCUCUGGGUCUAGAAGAUGUUCUUUGUGCAGUGAACACACACCUAAUCUGUCCUCAAGGACAGAACCAUGUAGAAGAAUAGGAAAACAAGAGAAGCAGGCAGGAAGGGGAGGCAGUGAGUGGAGCAGCUAAGAAAUGUUAUAUUGGUUCAUCCAGAGCAGGAAAAGCUGAGAGCUACACACGCGGGAAGGACCCACAGGCAAGAGGAGUGGGACAGGGGACUGAAUGAGUGGGUUACAACAGGCCCUGCAGAUGUGGAAGCCAGACCCACAGAGGUACUUAGAAAGGGAGGAUCCUGGAUGAAUUCUCUUCGGGAGAAAGUGUAGGUUCAGGUCAGCUGGCAAAUGUGUUUGCGGGCUACAGUCAUGUUAUUUGGGACUAAAAAGGAGCAAAAUAAGUAGACCCUCUUGGGACAGAAGAUAUAGAGUAUGCCAGAACCAGGAAAAUGAGAAACAAGAGGGAAAUUUUAAGAAAGAGAUGGCAAAUCAUCUGUGAGGUUAGAGAUGAACGACGUUGCAGAUGGCGAGGCAGAAGUCAAAGGACCCUUUGGAAAGGCAGGAAUGCUGCUUCUUUGUCCGUAUUUUCAGAGCUUGUCCUGAGGCCUAGUGCACGUGGGCAGUCACUCCGCCACUAAGUGUCACUGUGGCUGCCACAGUGGAUGGAAGCUGGUGUGGUGAUUGGCAGUCUUUCUGGAGGACUCACGAGGGAGGGGUCUUGAGACGGGCAUCUCCUUUCACCUUCCUGUCCAUGUCACUGCACUGCUUUUCUUCCCUUCCUGAACAGCACACGCACUGCAGCCUUGGUUUCAGGGGUGUGAAAACAAAUAUUACAGCCACCUUGCUUUGGUGGCUUUUCUGAACAGGCAGUGUGAGAAGAGAUGUUUUGGCCAUGUAAAAGUGAGCUUUAUCCUAGGUAGGUUUUUCAGUUUAGAAAGGUUUCCUUUGCUUAUCCCUUGAGGACUUCUGUGUUGUUGCUUCUCCUCUGUCUUGCUAUUCAACAGAACAGGGGUGAAAGUAACGCCAAUGCUCUCCGCCAUGCCUGCCUUGGGAAGCACUACUGGGCCCCACUGUUUAGAAUCUUAGCUGGAAAUGUACACAAGGCACUGACACACGCCUGCCAGAGCGACCCAGCGCUCCCCUCCCAUGGGAUUCAGGGUCGGCAUGGGAAGCCAGCUAACAGGGAUGGGAGCCCCGCCCACCAUGUGGACUGAGCCUCACUUCCAUACAAAACCAGAGUCCUGUCCGUCCCAGAGUGGCUCACUCUCCUCCCCUUCCUUCCGCUGAAUACAGCCUGACACACUUUUGACCAGAACUGCAACAUUUCAAACAUAAACCCAGAUCUGUUGGGAAAUCCUAAUUAAAAACGUUACAUUCCCAGGUGGCACAAUCACAUCCUGCCUAAAACUUCUGGCCCACAUCCCACCACCCAGAUGUUGAAAAGAAACCUUCCUCUACUUAACACCAAAACCUGCACUUCAAGGUUUCUUUAGGGGGACAAAGAAAAAAAAGGUACACACAUGCAGAGUUCAGCCUACAUGUUCAUUAAGGAAAAAGAGCGUGGCUUAUUCAUCUUUCAAUCUUUUGAUUGUUGGCAUUAUGAUUAUAAUUAUGAUUAAUUACUCUAACCUGACAGGAAUUGAAGAAGAGAAUAUAUGCUGGUGCUUUGAAAUGAUCUACCCAACUCUGUCAUCUGUAACAACCAGUGAUAACUCUCUUGUCUUGUAAAAAGGGUUUGUACAUAACUUGUACAUGGUUUCAUUUUGUAUUUUUCGCAGAUUAAAAAUUUAUGUAUUUGUGUUCUAAAA